AUAAAGAGCAGCAGACUGUGACUGGCAAUUCGACACCAAUCACAACACAAAUACAGAGUUUAGAGGAAAAUACGUAGUCAUCUUCUUCGUGCAAUUCUCCGAUAACACGAUGUCGGGCUGUGGCGGGAACUGCAACUGCGGCUCUUCAUGCCAGUGCGGGAGCGGAUGCAAGAGGAACCCGAGCCUGGGUUACACAGAGGCCGCCACCCCCACCGCCAAGACCGUCAUCUCUGGAGUUGCUCCUGUCAAGAUGCACAAGGAGGAGGCGCCGGAGAUGAGCACCGAGGGAGGCCACGGCUGCAAGUGCGGAUCGAGCUGCAGCUGCGACCCGUGCACCUGCUGAUGAAUCAAUCGUAAUUAAGCCUCCCCGCCAAACCAUGAGAGCAUGCAUAAUUAUAAGUUUAAUGUGUCUGGUUUGUAACACUACAGGAAUAUAUAUGUAUGCCUGCUGUAAUUGAUUAAGAACAGCUCUGGUUGAAAUUACUCUGUUUGGUGGGUCCUACAAUAAACAUAUUGUGUGAAGUGAAGUGUGGGUUUGUACGUCUGCUGAAGUGAAGAACAAUAGAAGCCUUCUAUCUUAAGAGGGCAAGUCCUUGUUUUGUGUAAUGUAAAUCCGUUUGUAAUAAAAUAAAACCGCGUUGCCUUUGCGCGUUGCUUUGCUUGUUA